AUGCUGUAUGUGAUGGCUGAAAGAUGGCCCAAAGCAGGGAGGUAUCGAGAUGUCUUUGAGCGCCUGAAACAAAUAGUUCUGGGCCGAGAUGCUACUGAUGAGAAUGAUAAAAAUAUCGUGCUCGAUCCACCAGAUCCAAGUACAACUGGACUUGACACAGGGGUGGAGCCGUCAGUGACAACCGUGCCUUCCGAGACUACAGCUUCAAGACUCACAAGAAAUGCUCUGCCCAUUCCAGACUCAGAUGCGAUAAGAAAUGCGACCCGGUCUGCAAUACCAAAUGUCAUACGUAACCUUGUGCGUGAGCCGUUCCCUCUAUGGGAAGCCGAAAAUUUCAACCUCAAUUUCGAAGCGCUCAUGCCGCAGCCAGCAGGCCACAAUGAAAAUCCGUGGAUGGAAAAUGAUGUAACAUUUGAUCAGGAGAACACAACGACCUUCGAUUUCACAUUCUCUCCCUCGGGAUUCGGACAACCUAGCGAUUACGAUUUUGAUCCUGUGGCCUUCAAUUACUCUCCCAGCCAAAUCCAGGGGAACGAAUAUGGGGGUAUUCUAGAGGGGCUGGCGGAUAGAUGGCCGGGCGCACACCCUUGA